CACUUCCUCACAAACACCUCACACUGGCUCAUGCCAUUAGACACUACAGCUGAACGAUGACGACUACCAACAAUGGACUGGUUCACGCCGCCGAGACUUUCAAGUACAGGCGAAUUAAGCCUGCCGACCAGAAAGAGAACCCUUUCGUAAAAUUGAUUCCCAACCAAGACAUCGCGAUCGUCCCCUCAUUCACCCUCGAAUCCGGUACCACGCUCUACAAUGUUCCCGUUGCUUACAAGACCUACGGCACUUUGUCGCCAGAAGCCGACAAUGCUAUGGUCAUAUGCCAUGCCUUGACAGGCAGCGCCGACGUACAAGACUGGUGGGGACCGCUGCUCGGUGGGCCAGGUGAAAACGGGAAAGAGGCACGCGCAUUUGAUAUGAGCAGAUUCUUCGUCGUCUGCAUGAACAGCCCGGGAAGUCCAUACGGAAGCGCAAGUCCUGUCACAGCCAAGGACGGAGACCCAGCGAAGGGCCAUUACGGGCCUGAAUUCCCGCUCACAACCAUUCGCGACGAUGUGAAUCUCUUCAGACUGCUGCUGGACGAUCUUGGCGUAAAGCAGAUUGCAGCAGUCAUUGGGGGCUCCAUGGGAGGAAUGCUCGUGCUGGAGUUUGCGUACUUUGGAAAGGACUAUGUACGCACAAUUAUUCCGAUCGCUACAUCUGCGAGAUACAGUGCGUGGGGCAUCAGCUGGGGCGAGGCGCAGCGGCAGAGUAUUUACAGUGACCCGAAGUAUGAUGAUGGGUACUACUCGUUCGACGAUCCGCCCGCGAGUGGUCUUGGUGCAGCACGCAUGUCGGCGCUGCUCACCUAUCGCAGUCGUGACUCCUUUGAGUCUCGCUUUGGUCGCAAACACCCCGACCCGACUCAGCCUAAGCAGAAUAUCAACAGCCUGCAGCAGAGACCACACACGCCAGACACAGAGCAUUUUGCGAUUCACAACGAGGGGCACAAGCUGGCAGGAUCCCAGAGGCGCCACGCCAAUGGUGAUGGUGAUAUAAGCUCGUCGGUAGACUCAUUGCCAACCUCUCCACAGAUCACCAUCCAGGACCCGCAGUUCUCAGGUACCACAGACUUGCCAGUACAGCCGCCAUCGAGCAACAGGAGAAAGGUGCCUACCUACUACUCUGCGCAGUCAUAUUUGCGCUAUCAAGGAGACAAAUUUAUUGGCCGGUUUGAUGCCAAUUGCUACAUUGCCAUCACCCGCAAGCUAGACACCCAUGACGUCGCUCGUGGUCGUACUGAUACUACAGGCUCGCCCACGCCAGAAGAAGUGCGUGCAGCGCUCGCUAUGAUCGAGCAACCAACUCUCAUCCUCGGCAUUCAAUCUGAUGGUCUGUUCACCUAUCAAGAGCAGAAGGAGCUGGCAGCUGCUAUUCCGAAUAGUGAGCUGAAGACCAUUGACAGUCCAGACGGCCACGACGCAUUUUUGCUCGAGUUCAAGCAGGUCAAUGGCUUCCUGCGCGACUUCAUGCUGAAAGAGCUCAAGAACAUUAUGGACAGGGAGCCCGUCAACUGGCCACCAAAGCAGGAAGAGCAGCGUGAGGUGAAGGCUUCAACCUUUGGCGAGGCGGAGGUGGACGACAUUACUGCAUGGUGAGAAAGGCCAACGACAUUUCAUGACUUUGCAAAUGCAAUCUGCGUGGCAUUGAUAGCUUUUCCCUUCG